AUGUAAUUAUCCCCUUAAGAGUCUGCCCCAUACCAAUUACAUGCUGUCAGGCGGCGCAGAAGAAAUAUUGGCCGAGACCGCUCUGUAUUAGCUGGUUCUACGCAAUCAGGGGUUGACGUGUUGAUGCUCGGAAUACCGGGACGUUGAGCCCUCUGAUAAGGUGGUAGGCAGCAGUCUAGACCGCCCUUAUCCGCCCAAUCCUAAGGUUACGCCUGCACCGGCAUUACAUGAUCAUAAAUCCAGAUGUUCACCUCUGAAAACUGUGCCAAGAAUUAUCUUCCCCUCACCGUCGUCUCGACCUCAACAACCCACAGUCUCAGAACCGCUCACAUACGAUGUCAUCAGGUCAUCUAGGAUCGGAGAUGAGUGACUUGCCAGUUACUUUGAAGAUUCUGGGUAGGCAGAGAAGAGAUCCGAAGCUCCUGUACAAUCUGUACCCAAGCGAGGCGCAUUCUCAAUCGACCGAGGUACUUCUCGUGGGUGACCUUGAUGAGAUACCUGCUGUCCAGGCAAGUGGGGCCUUACACCGAGUCACGAACCUCAUCAUCUCACGCGAUGCCCUCGCGGGAACAUGGCCGGAACGUGUCAAUGAUUCGGUUUGCCAGAUCUUGGCAGAGGCGCAAAACCUCCAAAAGUUCAUAUGGAUAGGCAUCCCGUUGGCGGCCGCGACUCUGGACACGCUCCGGGGAUGCUGCCGUGGAAUUAAGUCAAUCCAUGUAGAGUUUCCGGAUAACAUGGAAGAAAUGGUACUGGGUUUAUCUAUCGCAGAUGAUGAGCUCGAGGAUGAGGAGCCCGACGAAGAUGUGCUUGCAGCUCGCGCGCUCUACCGGGCUCCUAAUUUCCGUGGCUUUCCUGACAUCGAGUCGCUACAUGUCUACAAUAUCUUUGACGACUUGCGUCACUCUAGGGAAAAUCUUGUCCAGGUUCUCCGGGAAGCCCCAAACCUUCGCAGCCUGGGCCUAUCACUGGCCAUCGAAUCUAUAGCUCGCUGUUACAACGCUAGGCAGGCCAGGCAGUACAAAGGGUGGUUUGACAGACUCUGUGGCGAAUAUACCGGAGCUGCUGCGCCCCGUCUGCAGCUCGAAUCCCUGAUUUGCGGCACAGCUAUAUACCCUACAAAGGCCGAUGUUCUGGCAAGCUUCACCGACUUAGCCUGCCUUGAACAAGUACAUGUCGAAAACAGAGGCAUCUCACGUGAAGGGAAGUACAUUUUUAUGUAUGAUGACACCGAGCACAGCGGUAUUGCCUUCAGAUCCAUCUUGUCAAAACAGUCCCGUAAAUUGCGCCGCUUCAGCGCAUACCAGUUCCGGGACGACGUGAUGGAGGCGCUAGGUGGUAUCGACGACCCGAACGUGACACGCCAGCUAGCCUUAUCUUUUGAAAAUCAAGAAUACGUCGAGAUCAGCGACUUACUCCAGCAGAAUGAGAGUUAUCCCCACUUUCCACUACAGCUGAGAAUGGUAGAGAUGGAUCUCCAGCGCCAGGAAUGGGAAGAGUUUACAGCCGAAAGUAUUCUGAACAGCUUAGUGGCUAGCGAGCAAGACACACUCGAGGGCCUCAUGGUGCACCUGCCCGAAGAACCAGCUGCCGAUGGAGGCCUGGCUUUCUUGGAUAUUCUAGGACUUGCACUCGAAAGUCUGCCUAGUUUGAGCCAGCUCGCCAUUGGCAUGGACCGGUUCGAGACAGCAAGAAGGAAUUUCACUGAUGCGCAGCUGCGGCAGAGUGCAGAACGAUUGGUUGUGACUGCACCACAGAUACGGUUCAUCAAUAUUUACUGGAUGUUCUGGAGGGUCUCCCAAGGGUCGGAUGCCUCCGGACCAGAAGAUGUUAUUCUCGAGGAGCUGGGGUUUGCGGAGAGAGAGCUGGUGGAACUUUGGGUGCAUACCAUAUUCCGUCCCUAACAAGGGCGUAAUUCCGGUUGCUAGGAAUAGAUUUUUAAAUUUCAGCACUGUCCCUCAAGACACCAAUGGCUUCCGUUGGGAAGCCAGGGAAAUGGCAUGAACUUACCAGGAGCUACAAUACGACGUUGAAGUAUAGAGCGCAACAAUCUGACCAUAAGGUAUAAGUCAUCCUAGCUCAUCAGCCUUCUUGUGGCACAGUAGGACCUCUCCGUCGUAGCCUGCAUUUCAAGAAUAAGCCGAGAAUGAUCACCUGGCACGCUCUCACUGUUUUAUUGAAUCCUAUCCAAGAUCUUCACGAUUCUAGACUUACAAAACUCGGAUCUCAUUGCUACUUACGCCAUG